UCAGAAUUUAUCGUGAACGUUGCAAUACUCUAUUUGAUGAUUUGAAGAAAUUGUUGGUGUCCAGGUGGUGAAUGUUAAAAAGUAUUUGGAACACACAACUCCUCAUGCCAAUGCUGAAGGAUACUUCAAACAAGUACGUUAUGUUGAAAACAACAAGGAUGUGGUGGUGCAAACUUUUCGAAGGAUGACGGCUUCUCAACGUGUUAUUGAAAUCAUUAGUCUAUUAAAAGUCAAGGGUUUUCCUCAUAUGGCGGAAAUUCUGGAAGUACUUCAUGCAGAUGAUGACGAAGGACAGGAGGUGAUUGGACUCUCUAUGCGAAGAUAUCAGCGGACACUCAAACAAUAUACUCACUCUCAUUCACAUCAUCGGCUUACGGCACAUCAAAAAUUGGACAUCAUUCGACAAAUGCUUCAUUGUAUUGAAAGUAUUCAUGAUGUUGGUAUUGCUCAUCGGGAUCUUUCUGAAGUCAACUUUAUGGUGGAUGAAUUAGACAAUGACCCUCGUUUACCUGAUGGAUCUACAGCUGCACACGUAUAUUUGAUUGAUUUUGGUAAGGCAAUAUUUACAACUCCAGAGGAUGCUCGACGAUGGUGGAUUGCACCUGUACCAAAACAAUAUCAACAGCAAUUAUUACUCAAGGCUCAAGGCUCUAUAUCGACUUCAACUUCAUCUUCAACAACAACAACAGCAGCAUCAUCACCUACACCUAUUUCACCAUCUGGAGGUAGCCCAUCGGCUGAUUUGACGACGAUGACACUUCCUGGACAUGAAUACGAUGGGGAGGUGAUUCCUGAAACCAAAGAAGAUUUGGAUACAUGGUGUGAAAGGUUACCAUUGGUGUAUCUGAAACCUGAUCAUGGUUAUCGACACUACAGAUCUAUUCAAACAUUACCUCGUAACAGAACAGAUCAUGCUAUUCUACCAUGGUUAGUGGAUCCAAUGGCUGAAGAUAUGUAUUCAAUGGGCACGUUGAUGUGGAAAAUAUUUGCGGAAACUGAACCUUGGCAUGGUAUAUUAGAUACAGAUCUUCGUCAAUUACGUGAAACGGUGGAAGAAGAUGAAAAAAUUGAAAUCAGGGUCAAGAGGGAAAUCGCUGGCGAUCUAUCACAACAACUGGUCCUAUUCUGUCUCAAGACACAACCGGAGGAAAGAGCAACAGCAACAGAUCUUCUAGCCUGGUUGGAUCAACCCAAUAUUACCAAGGGAUUAUUGGAGGAAUGGACGGUACAUGCACCAACUGAACGGAAAAAACGACAUGCGAAAUCAGCUUUUGAAUUUGAAGAAGAACAAGCACGACAUUCUUUGGCAUCUGCAAGGAAUCGAAAAGCGGCCAAGAAGAAGAAACAAUUACAACAACAACAGUAUGAACAGGAACAACGCAAAGCAGAAAGAGAACGUGUCAAAUUAGAAAAGGAAAAGCAAAAACAACAAGAAAAAUUACAACUACAACCUAGUAUGAUAUAUCCACAACCACCACCACCACCACCAGUAUAUUAUUAUCCUCCAUUUCCAUUUUAUUCAAUGCAAAAUACAUCAUCCAUGUCAUCACCUUUACAACAACAACAACAACAACCAUCCAUCUCAUCAGCACCAUUUAAUUCAUAUCAACCAGCUCCACCACCACCACAGCAUUCAGCUUUCCGCAACUUACGAUUCACCAUGCCUAUGACGCCUAAUGGACCUGCCACGACUAGUAACAAACCAACUAGCCCCAUGAUUGUUGAUUCUCAUCCAGAUACGACUUCUUUUCUACCUCCUGACAAAUGGAUACAAGAUCCAUCCAUGUACCCUUUAUCGAACGUACGUACGGAAAUGCAAGGACCGGCCGAAUCACAAUCUCCACCACGACGUGUUUUUUAUCAACAAAAAUUACGAUGGAUGUAUAAUUCAACAUCAAAAUUAGGCUUCACUACAGGAAAAGAGACAACCGCCGAUUCUACUACCGUCUCGACUAUCAAAACUACAACCAAUCAAUCAUCUAUUAGUAUGGAAAGUAUAUCAAAGCAACAACAAGAGGAGACAACAACAAGUAGUGGUAGUAGUAGUAGUAGUAGUAAAAGUGGUUAUGUCAAAACGGGUAAACCAUUGGGAAGACCAAAAGGAAGUAUAAGUAAAAGGAAAAGACGUCAACAACAAUAUCAUCGUCAUCGACAAGAAAAAUCAAAUCAAACUUCAAUUGUGGAAAUGUCCUCACCUACGGAACAACAGUCUUAAGUCGUUUUGGUAUAAGUUGUAUUUUAAUUUAUCCCCCCCAUCUUAAUUGAUGUAUGCAUGAUCUUUAUUAUUAUUUUAUCUUUAUUGAAUA